AUCGACGUCUCCACAUACUCUGUCCCUGUGUGUGCAAGUGUCAGAACGGUGAACGUGCAUAAUGGUAUUUCAGCAUCACAGACUAAGAAAAGCAGAAGAAAAUUAACUACGUUUUGAAUUGUUGUGCUUUAACUAAAUAUCCCUGCAAUGUCAGUUACAUUAAUUAAUUCCAGCUUCAGACUACGGCCACUGCAAAGAGUACGUGCAAUACAGCACCAUCUGAUGUCUAAUCACACUGGGUCAGAGGCAGAGGUGCUGUUGGAGAGAGUGGGGAAUGCUGGUGUUAUAACACUCAACAGACCAAAGGCCUUGAAUGCUCUCAACUUGUCUAUGAUCAGACAGAUAUACCCACAGCUUAAGAAGUGGGAAAAGGACCCAGAAACAGGCAUUGUAAUUAUCAAAGGAGUUGGAGGCAAGGCAUUUUGUGCUGGUGGUGAUAUCAGAGCUGUCACAGAAGCAGGGAGGUCUGGAGGCACUCUGGCCCAAGACUUCUUCCGUGAAGAAUAUAUUCUAAACAAUGCUAUUGGUACAUUUCAGAAACCAUAUGUGGCCAUUAUUGAUGGGAUUACAAUGGGAGGUGGUGUGGGGCUUUCAGUUCAUGGACAGUUCAGAGUGGCCACUGAAAGAACGGUGUUUGCCAUGCCAGAAACUGCCAUAGGCCUGUUCCCUGAUGUCGGAGGAGGCUACUUCCUUCCCAGGCUGCAAGGCAAGCUGGGUCUUUUCCUUGCACUCACUGGCUUUCGCCUCAAAGGAAGGCAUGUUCAGAGGGCAGGAAUCGCCAGUCACUUUGUGGAGUCGCAGAAGAUAACAUCCCUGGAGAAUGAUCUGGUAGUUUUAAAAGCCCCAUCUAAUGAGGAUGUUGCAGAGGUAUUAAACUCAUAUCAAAAGCAGAGCAACCUUGAUGAAGAGAAGCCGUUCAUUCUCUCAGAGCACAUGGACAAGAUCAAUAGCUUGUUUGAAGCCAGCAGUGUAGAGGAAAUAAAGCUGAAACUGAAAAAGGAUGGCUCCUCUUUUGCACAGAAGCAGUUUGAGACCCUUUCAAAGAUGUCUCCUACAUCUCUAAAGAUUACGUUCAGACAGCUUCAGGCUGGAGCCUCAAUGAGCUUACAGGAUGUGCUUGUGAUGGAAUACAGACUCAGCCAGGCUUGCAUGAGGGGUCAGGAUUUCUAUGAAGGAGUAAGAGCUGUGCUCAUCGACAAGGAUCAGAGCCCAAAGUGGUGGCCAGCAGCCCUGGAAGAAGUGACAGACGAGUUUGUGGACAGUUGUUUCAAGUCAUUAGGAGGCAAUGACCUCAGCUUGUGAUUUGUGUGCUGCAGAUGGGGAUAGAGGCCAAGGGCAGCCUUUGACAAUGCAUGGUCUUUUAUUAACCCUCUUCACGACCACACUAACACAUACUUCCCAACUGAGGAAUUACAAACCUGGGCUGCUUCACCAUCUGGGAAUGAACCAUCUGGGAAUUUGUGUGAUGAGCUAUAGCUUAACAAAACCCACAAUUUAGUGCCUUUUGUUUCCAAAUAGGACAGCUUUAGCAGGGAAAUAAUUGACAGAUAAUAUUUGUUUGACAAGCUGUGCUGUGUUUCUUAAGCUCAUCUUGCUGUGAUGAUUUAUGCCUAAGCUGUCCGUUUCCCAACAUUCUCAGUUGACCUGUUCUGUGCUUAGUGUGGUAAUGUAUUCAGAACAAGUAAAGUAGGACUGCAUAAAUUAAUUAAAUUGAUGGUAGACCUGAUUUACUGUUAUAUUACCCAAUAAAAGAACAAUAAUAAAGGAACCCAUUUGAAA